AACAUUGUAGAAAAGCCAUCAUGCCAAGGAUAUACAGCAGGAAGACAACCUGGGGCAAAACAUCCCUUGAGGAGAUGGAAAGUGCAGCCGCUGAGGUCAAGGAAGGGAAGAUGUCUUUAAGAGCAGCUGCAAGGGACAGACAUAUUGACAAGUCAAGCCUCCUAAGGUUCAUGAAGAAAAAAGAGAAAGGGGAAGUAAAAUCAGUAGCCUGGGGUGCAGUAGCUGAGGCAAAGAGAAUAUUCACAGAUGAGAUGGAGGAGGAGCUUGCCCAACACUUGAAACAACGAGCUGACCAGUUCCAUGGCCUUCCUCCAGUUAAGUGCCGUCAACUGGCAUUUGAAUAUGCAGAGAAAAACUAUAUCCCUGUCCCUGCCAAUUGGACAAAGACACAAUGUGCAGGUGCAGAUUGGUUUGGCAGCUUCCUAGCACGUCGCCAUCUCUCUGUCCGAACUCCAGAGGCAACAUCAAUGGGAAGGGCUACAGCCUUCAAUAAAACUACAGUCGGGGAGUUCUUUGACAAUCUGGCUGUAGUGAUGGACAGGCAUAAAUUCCCUCCACACAUGAUUUACAAUGUGGAUGAAACAGGCGUAUUUACAGUACAAAAGCCACGGCAGGUUGUGACAGAGAAAGGAAAAAAGCAAGUUGGUUCUGUCACAUCGGCUGAGAGAGGAGAAUUGGUGACUGUGGUGUGUGCAGUGAAUGCUGCUGGGAAUGCCACAUCUCCCAUGUUUGUCUUCCCCAGAGUUAAGUUUAAGGACUGCUUCAUGAUAGGAGCACCUCCAGGAGCCAAAGGUACCUCCACCAGAACGGGAUGGAUGAAUGAAGACACCUGGCCCAAGUUCCUUGAUCACCUGAUACAGCACACUAACUGCACCCCUGACCGUCCCAUGCUGCUUAUCCUGGAUAACCUGAAGGCUCACAUCUCACUCAAAGCAGUAGAAGUAGCCAAGAGCAACGGUAUUGUUCUGCUCACCAUCCCUCCCCACACAUCCCAUCGAUUGCAGCCUCUCGACGUGACCGUGUAUGGCCCGUUCAAGACCCAAUACAGCCGAGCUCUUGAUGGGUGGAUGAGAUCUAACCCUGGCAAAACAGUCUCCAUCUACCAGAUUGCUGGACUUGUGAAUGAGGCCUUCAUGUCAGCAGUGACACCACGCAACAUCACUUCUGGAUUUAGGUCCACUGGGAUUUUCCCAUAUAACCGAGAAAUUUUCCCUGAUGGAGCGUUUGCACCAUCCAUGGUGUCCGACCGGCCAAACCCUGAGCUGCAGCCUGCCACUGCAGAUGAUCCGGAUGGUCCACCCACUUCAGAUGGUCCACCCGCUGCAGAUGGUCCACCCGCUGCAGAUGGUCCACCCGCUGAUGGUCCAGAUGGUCCACCCGCUGCAGAUAAAUUACUCGAUGAUGCUAAUUCAUCCACUGCGCAUGGUCCACAUGGAUGUGCCCCGCCAGCUGACUCAGAUGUGCCACGUGUUCCCAGCCGACCUGGAUAUGUGUCCCCUCGUGAAAUCGUGCCACUUCCCAAAUGUUCCCCCAGAACACAAACCAAACGAAAGCGUGUGAAGACAGCCAUCAUAACUGAUACUCCUGAGAAGCAGGCAAUUGAAAAGGCUUAUAAAGAAAGUCAAAAGAAACUGGCAGGGAAAAAGCAGAAUAGCAAAGAAAAGGGAAAACCGAAAAAGAAAGCAACCAAAAAGAAAAUCGUAGUUAGCAGCUCUGAGGAGAGUGAUGUCCCUGUCCCACUUGAUGAUGUGUCUGACGAAGAGAGCUCUGAGGAUGAGAGAAGUGAUCCAGGAAACACAGAUCUGUCCGUGGGUGACUUUGUCAUAGUAAACUUUGCAACCAAACACAGGAGCGUCCGUUACAUUGGCAUGGUUGAGAAAGUUGAGGAUGACGAAAUACUUGCACAAUUUCUCAGAAGAAUCAAGGGAAACACGAAAGAGUGGGAGAGACCCAUGUUUGCUAUAAAGGAAAAUGAUGUGGCACAUGUUCAUAAAAGUGACGUGGUGAAGAAGCUGCCUCAACCUAAAAGGCCUGGAGGAACCACACGGAGAGAGCAGCUCUUCAUCUUUCCCUGUAACCUUCAGGGCUGGAAUGUAGAGUAG